GUUUUUUUUUUUUUUUUCUGUUCAAGAGGUGGAGAUCUUGAGAAGCGGCAGCUUUUUCGCUUUGGGCACGGCACUGAAGAUUGAUAUGUAUAAAAAGAGAUAUUUUCCCGGGCGAGAAAUACAUCACAAGAGGGAAUUUGCAUGAAGGGUUAAAUUGUUUUCGGGGUGGGAGUAAAGUUCGGAGGUGAGAGAGAGGCCGAAGUAGGAAAUAUGACAGCACAUGGACGUUGGCCCAGAGGUGCUGCGCUCGGCGAUGCGUUCACCAGCUGAAACGGGAGGAAGACCGCAAGCCAGCAUGGCUUCGGGCAUGUCCUUUAUGAUUGCUCUGCUCUGCUUUGGCAGCCUGCUGUCCACCGUCACCUGGUACAUGAUUGACGAUGAGAGUGCCGUGGGUUCCUACAAACCGCCCCCUCAAAAGAAAACUCCCCCUGAGCCCGCUGCCUUUUGUAAAGGCUGUAGGGAAGUGAUUGACAACGUGUUGAAGCGCUACUCUGAAAACUGGAAGAAAAACGUGUCGAACCACCGAGCAUUUACGUCCAAUCUGAGCAGCUCGUGUCGAGGCUUCGAGAGGGCCAUCAUUACGCAGGCCAACACGCCCGUGGGAACCAAGAUUCAAUACGAUGGCGAAAAGCGCAGGAUCCUACAGGUGACGCCGGACAUGUUUAAAACCUUCAUCAAGGAGCAUCCGUUCGGCAACAGGUCGUUCGACACGUGCGCCGUGGUUGGCAACGGAGGCAUCCUGAUGGACAGCGGCUGCGGGAAAACCAUCGACUCUGCUCAGUACGUGAUAAGGUGCAAUCUACCGCCUUUGGGCGAUGAGUACAGCAAACACGUAGGCGUCAGGACGGACCUCGUCACGUCCAACCCCAGCAUCCUCAAAGAAAAGUACAACUCUCUGAUAGGACGACGGCGGAGUUUUGCGGAGAGACUCCAGCACUACGGGAAGGCUCUGAUCCUCCUUCCCGCCUUCUCCUUCGGCUUCAACACGCCGCUGUCAAUGCGGGCGGCCUACACCAUGGAAGACUUCGCCAGUCCCACUCAGCCAGUCUUCACCAACCCGGACUACUUGCGCAACCUCUCCCGUUUCUGGAACAUCAGAGGCCUCAAGUCCCGCCGGCUCAGCACGGGCAUCAUGAUGGCCAGCUUGGCUCUGGAGAUGUGCUCCAACGUGCACCUGUACGGCUUCUGGCCCUUCAGCCACCACCCGCACGGACUCUACGCGCUGACCAAUCAUUACUACGAUGACAGGAAGGUCAACAUCAGGUUUCAGAUAGGACGACGGCGGAGUUUUGCGGAGAGACUCCAGCACUACGGGAAGGCUCUGAUCCUCCUUCCCGCCUUCUCCUUCGGCUUCAACACGCCGCUGUCAAUGCGGGCGGCCUACACCAUGGAAGACUUCGCCAGUCCCACUCAGCCAGUCUUCACCAACCCGGACUACUUGCGCAACCUCUCCCGUUUCUGGAACAUCAGAGGCCUCAAGUCCCGCCGGCUCAGCACGGGCAUCAUGAUGGCCAGCUUGGCUCUGGAGAUGUGCUCCAACGUGCACCUGUACGGCUUCUGGCCCUUCAGCCACCACCCGCACGGACUCUACGCGCUGACCAAUCAUUACUACGAUGACAGGAAGGUCAACAUCAGGUUUCACACCAUCCCCGUGGAGUUUGACCUGCUGCUCAAACUGCACAGCCAGGGCGUGCUCAGGCUUCACCUCGGAUUGCCCAGAGGUUUGCACUGGAGAAAAUAA